AUGGCAUUUGUCUUAUUUAUCCUGAUGUUUACACUGACUUUGGUUGCUCGUGGAGAAGCAACACAAGAAAUAAGAACAAAUGAAUCCCUGUGGUCAUCAGAUAAUUCAGCACAUCCUGAGGAACUGACGCUCGCCUGCAACCUAUCUUCAAGUCACCAUGGACUUGUUUAUUGGAAGAAAGACCUGAAAUGGGCAGGAAAUGGCAGGACUUUGAAAAUAAGAGUCAGGGAGACUCCAGAUGCUGGCAAUUAUACCUGUUGGAGUAACACUACACACAAGCUUCUAAGUUACAGUGUUGUUUACAUUACAAAGAGGAGCACCAAAGGAGAAAUAGAAGAAUCAGUUCUCAAGUGUAGUGAGACAGUUCCACAGCAAAGGACCUGUUUCUAUUGUGCAGCAAAUAAUUAUUCAGGGAACUUCACAUGCUUUUGGGAAACACAUAGUCAGAAUUCAGAGCUGAAGUUUAAUAUUGGAGCUGAAAGUGGAAAUCAAAUGAAGUCUGCACCAGGAACAGUAAUUUGUGAAAAUCCCCAGAAUAAUCCUGAGGGACCAAACCCAAAACUAUAUUCAGCUUCCUGCAGAAUAGAAAAUCCCUGUUCAUUCACUGAGGAGUAUCAACCAGUUGUGUUGUUUCUAGACAUUUUCAAUAAAUUUGUCUAUGAAAAACAUACCACCAGCUUCUUCAUCAAGGACAUCUUAAAGCCGGAUAUUUCUCAGUGCCAGGUUACCAAAAAUGGCAUAUUGACUUGGUCACCUCCCCCAACUUGGAGCACUCCAGUUACUUAUUUUGGGCUGACUUACCAGAUCCAAGUGGUUGCCAAUAACAAUUAUGUAAAGAUUUGUGAAGUUGAUCAUUCAUUACUACUUCAACAUGGAGACACUAUGAGUUGUAUCUAUAAACUGUGUCGGUUUGGAGAGUGCUCCAUUCGAUCCCGGGAUUAUUAUCACAGACAUUCUGCUUGGAGCGAGUGGUCAGAAUGCAGGGAAAGUGGAGGAAGCCUUCAGGUGCUGCACAAAGGAAAGUAUGAAGUCAAGGUAAAUGACGCUGGCAAAGCGAUUCAGCUCGCCUGCCCCCCUCUCAGGCUUCCCCAGUCCUUGACGUGGCUCUGGAGCCUCAAAGCGCAGGGAGCGGGGAAGGAUGAGUGCAGCAAGUUCCCGGUGCCACCCAAGGGCCUUCCCAGCAUGUGCAUGCUCGAGUUGGAGCUCCUCUGUGGCAGCGACGGUCUCAGCUACCCCAACUAA